CUUCACUGCUCACAGUGACACAUAAAGUCCCUAAAUUUAUAAUUAAAAAAGUCAUCUAAUUCCCCAAAACCCAAAACGCGUAGACUCUGCCUCAGCCCCUCAGGUCCUUUCCCCUGCGUUUCUCAGCCAAAAACCUUGGAGAACCACUUACCGCGGCUACUGCUCCUUCACCGUGGAAAUCGCCGGUGGUACCUGCGACGGCUGUAGCCCUUAGAAACACAUUCUCACUUGCAUCUACCUUUAUUUGUGGAACCAUAAGCCAGUAUCACUUUCACUGUGGACUGUGGAGCCCCGUAUCAGAAAUGUGAAAGGAAUCAGAUUACCAUUGCUGAUAAAAGAAGCAAACAUAGUUCCAGUGUAACACUACCCAAGAAGAAAAGCAUCCCAAAUAUUCCUCUUUUAGACUCUCUCAACAGACCAAUCAGUCAAAAAGAAGAACAACUCUGCUCCUCAUCAUCAUCUUCACAUCUUCACAUCUUCACAAAUAUGUGCGAAACUAGAAACUUUUAUCUGUGGCUUCUCCAAGUGGUUGUCCUCACAAUCAUCCUUUUCCUUCUUCUGUGGUUUCUCUUACCUCCCAGAAGCCCAAAAUACACCAUUAUAGACUUCUAUGUUCCAGCCUUCAAUGAAGCCAUGAACACCACCACCUCACCAGGCCAAGAGAUAUUGAUUCAUAACACAACCAUUAUCUUUCACCUGGAAAUAGAGAAUCCAAACGAAGACUAUACCAUUACUUGUGACCUAACAAAGGUAACACUCUACUAUGGCAAUGAUAGUCUUGGUGAAACCACAUUUCAACAGAUUGUGUCUAUGGACAAAGGGGAGAUUGUAGAGAAUGGAAUGGUUAAUGGAGAUAGACAUCUACUCCAGAAAGCAGUUUCAGGGGCUGUUCGGAAUCGGACAACAACGAAGACGAUGAACAUGGAAUUGAGGAUGGGUUUGGUGAAUAGAAUUAAGUAUAAAAUGUGGUUUUGGAAGAGCAAGCAUCAUGGGGUUAACAUGGAAGGGAAAGUGCCGGUUGGGAAGGAUGGAAAGAUAUCUGCUAAGAAGAAGAGAUUAAGGCUUUAUCGUGUUAAGAAGAAAUUCAAGAAAUGAGUCUUCUUCAAGGCCUUGCUAUGGAUGGGAUCCAGUAGUUUUUUGGUUUCUGGUUUAGUUUGUGUUUUUAUUUUCGUAGUUUGUUAGAUCAGUAUGAACUGUGGAUUUGAGAAAUGAGAUAGGGAUUAAAACUAGGUUCUUUUUUUUUUUUUUUUUCUCCAACUAUUGCUAUGAUUUUUGCAGUAAAUAAUAACUAAAUAUUCAUUGGCUUA